AUGACGGGUGUUCCACGGCAUAUAGCAGAACACAGAUUAAAUGUCUCAGAAAAUGCAAAACCUGUGGUACAUGCCAAACGCCACUUGGGAGACAUAAAGCAUGAUGCUAUGCAAGAGCAAGUCACGGAUCUGUUGAAUGCUGGUAUCAUCAGAGAAGUCCGAUACCAAACUUGGGUGGCGAGUCCUGUAAUGGUACUAAAACCAAAUGGCAGCUGGAGAAUUUGUGUAGAUUACAAGGAUCUAAACAAGGCAUGCCCGCGCGACUGCUACGCCUUGCCAGAUAUCGAUGAAAAAAUUGAUUCGCUAGCAACGUUCAGGUGGAAAUGUUUCCUCAACUGUUACAAGGGAUAUCAUCAGGUACAGAUGGCCAUCCAAGAUGAGGAUAAGACUGCGUUUCGAACACCAACAGGGCUAUAUUGCUAUACAAAAAUGUCAUUUGGCUUAAAAAACGCAGGCGCAACGUAUCAAAGGUUGAUGAAUGAAACAUUCAGCGACGCUAUUGGCAAAUACAUCGAAGUAUACAUGGAUGACUUGGUCAUCAUGAGCAAGGAAGAAAGCAUGAUGUUGGUCAACAUUCAGAAGACAUUCAACACGCUGCGCGGAGUACAAGCGAUCGAACGAAUGCCUUCACCAUCAACAAUCAAGGAAAUGCAAAAAUUGGCUGGACGGCUAGCAGCACUAAACCGUUUCCUAGCCAAUCACGCAACAAAGUCAUUCCCGUUUAUCAAAACACUCCGCAAUUGCAUGAAGAAAAGUCAAUUUCAGUGGACUCCGGAGGCCGAGAGCGCACUCCGAGAGAUGAAAGAGUGUCUCAUAAGACUGCCAACAUUAACGGCGCCAGUAAAAGGAGAACCCCUAGUGUUAUAUCUGUCAGCAUCUGAUAAAGCAGUCGGAGUAGUUCUGCUCGUCGACCGUCAGGGCGUUCAAACACCAGUUUACUAUGUGUCUCGCACUUUAACCGACCCAGAAACGCGGUAUUUUGCCAACCACGUCAUCCACGUACUAACAAAUUACAAUAUCGGCAACAUCCUCGCAAGGCCCGAGAUAUCCGGUAGAUUAGCAAAAUGGGCCAUAGAGCUGGGAGGUCACAAUGUGGUUUUCAGACCAAGACCAGCAAUCAAAGGCCAGGUGUUGGCCGACUUCAUGACAGAAGUACCCGACGACAAAGAUAGAGAGUGCAAGGCAUUGGAGAAAGCUGAAAGGCAAUAUACAGAAGAGCCAUGGCUAUUGUACACAGAUGGCGCGUCUAAUGAAGAUGGCGCAGGCGCGGGACUUAGGCUGGUAAGUCCAGACAAACACGAAUUCACGUAUGCCAUCUGGUUAGACUUCAAAAGCACGAAUAAUGAAGCCGAGUACGAAGCUUUUCUCGCCGGUUUGAGAUUGGCAAUCAAGAUGGGAGUCAAACACAUUGAAGCGCAUGUGGACUCCAUGUUAGUAGUCGGGCAAAUCAAUGGCCAGUACGACGCCAAAGGAGACGUGAUGGCCCUCUAUUUGAAUCAAGCAAAAACAUUGUUGCAAAACUUCUAUUCCUACAAGAAUGAAUCAGUGGAGAUGUUGAAAGAAAGGUUUUAUGAGCUAAUCAUCAAGUUAGAAAAACAAAGGAUAUGGCAUUCAAAUGAUGAAAGAAUUUCAAAAUUUGUUGAUGCUUUACCUUUGGAAUGGGAUAAAUUUGUGAAUAAAGAAAAACGGAAUUCUAGUUUAUCACACUAUGAUUUAAGAAGUUUCAUCAAUACAAUUACAAAUCAUAGAUGUCAUGAAGAUUCAAGAAAAAGGAAGUUAUUGGAUGAAAUAAGAGGAGAAUUAGUAAAGAUAGAUUUGGAUGUAAUCAUUGAAAUGAGAAAACGAAUCACUGUGUGUCUUGCAGCAAAAAAUGAUAUGAUAUAUGAUAUUAAGAGGGGAACAUACAAGAUGGAAACAAAGAAAGAAGCUGAUGUUGAAAAGAUGAAUGAAAAAUGCUCGAAAUGUGAAAAAUCAGAAGCAGACAAUGCGCUCGCGUCAACCACAUCUACCGUGGUUAGAAGGUUCAUCUGGGAGCAGAUCAUAUGCCGUUUUGGGCUGCCACUAAGAAUUGUCACCGAUAAUGGGACAAAUUUCGCUGCCGACAAUCUCCAACGAUGGUUCAAAGAGCUACACAUCGAGCACACCUUUUCCUCGGUUGCGCACCCACAAGGAAAUGGUCAAGUAGAAGCCGUCAACAAGAGCAUAGUGGAUGGUAUCAAAGCACGGCUAGGAACACAACGAAGAGGUUGGGUUGACGAACUGCUAAGCAUACUGUGGGCACAUAGAACAAUGCCAAAGAUAAGCAAUGGGGAGACACCGUUCAGCCUUGUCUAUGGGUCUGAAGUUAUGAUACCAGUAGAAAUCGGCCUCCCAUCCCCAAGAAUGCUCUCCAUGAAUAUGAUUAACAAUGAAGAAGAAAGAAGGCUAGAUCUAGACCUUCUAUAG